AUGUUUUCAUUUAAUACUGCCCCCAACGCCGCCCGAGGAGCGGCUUUCUCCCAAUACACAGAGCAAGAUACUCUCAAAAACCUGUUUAGUGCUAUUGUUCCUAAUUUGAGGGAGAUCCCUUGUUGGUACCUCGAACCUAAUGAGCCAAGGGUACUAAACAAACUCCCAGGAGUACGAAAGUUAACUAUCCUUAAUAUUGGGUGGCAUGUCCCGAUUUUCCCGACAGUUCUUGUUGAGACGGAAAGGAAGUUCCGGGUCACCACGGAUGGUCCUGCCAUUGACCGAUUUGUCCUACGGAUCGCAAAAUAUGACUUCGAAAGUCUCCUUCCGAACCAAGUUACGAAUGAUGUUGCAUUCAGACGUUUCGUAGCCCAAAGGCUCCCCCAUAUCCCUGUUCCUCGUGUGUAUUGUUACAACGCCACGGACAAGAGUGAGACUUCUUGGGUUGUCGAGGAGUACAUCGAUGCCAAACCUUUGUUAUACGAGUGGAUGAAUCUUAGUCAAGCUCAGAAGGAGAGUAUGUCCGAAACUAUCGCCAAUAUUGUUGUUGACUUUGCAGAAGUUCAGUUCGACAAGAUCGGUGGUUUAAACCCUACGGACUUAUCCUCUGCGCCCAAUGUAGAGUAUAACAAGAUCUUCGAAGGCCGCAGGGAGUUCCACGAUAGGGGAUGCUACAACAUUGGUCCGUAUAAUUCGAUGAAGGAAUACAUUCUUGCCUGCUACGACCGCGAAAUUUACUACUACACCCACGAUACUGAUGAAGACAUUGCCGUGCGUAACGGAGCUUUCGCAGACCAGCAAGACGAUGAAGAGUACGAACCCAAGCAGGAUCCAUUCGGAUUUUAUAGAUUGACGGUCCCGGAACUUGUCGAACGUCUUCAUCAUGACCGUGCCAAUUUUAUGAAGAGUGAGGUGGAAGAGGAACCGCUUGUUCUCGUCCAUCCUGGUCUUAGUGGAUGCAAUAUACUGGUACGAUAUGGGAAGAUCGCGGGUAUCCUGCACUGGGAAACUGCUGGCUCGUACCCGUUAAGCCUGACAUUUGAGCGUGGACCGAUCAGGGUUGCAUACAACCUGACGCGAGAUGGACCUUCGGAGAACGAAAUCUGGAGUCGCAGGGUUGGGCAGCGUGUCAGAGAGCAGGCAGCGAAGAGAGGCUGGGAUCAGGACAGAAUUGAUACUUUGAUGGGUGAAAGAAAGAUUUUCGAGUUGGGCUUAGCCAGAAGUUCGUGUCGACUUGUCAUGAAGAACUAG